UCACAGCCCUGCCCCGUUAUUGGGAGGGUACUUCUGUCAGGGUCUGCCGGAUGGGGUGUCAGCAGUAAUGUGCAGAGGGUAGACUGAUACCUGUUGAAAGCUUUGGGCGCAGUGUGUGAGCGAGACAGAUACAAAAAAAAACGAGAGAGAGAGACAGAAACAGAGAGGAGGAGAAAUAGAAAGAAACAACAGGGAGGGAGAGGGAGAGAAACAUACAGACAGACAGAGAGAGAGGGAGGGAGGGAGUCUGGGGAAUGUGAGGAAAUGACGAGGAGGAAGCGGCUGGAAGCUGGCACUAGGACCGGCUCCAGCGCUGGGGCUGUGGCCGUGUCGCUGCUGCCGCUGCGGGGAGAGAUCGUGGCGAUGCCCCCGGCCCCUCGCCGCUUGCUGCAGACGAGCUGAUCGGAACCUCAGCGGGAGCCACCAGUCUGUCUCGUGAGUGUCUGCUCACAUAACCUGAGGGAACAACCAUGGAGAAUGUAGCAAAAGAUGAUUACAAGAUCCAGUCAUUUGAUGCGGAUACACAGCAGCUGCUGAAAACUGCGCUAAAGGAACCUGGUUCAGUCGACCUGGAGAAAGUGGCCUCAGUGAUAGUCGAACAGUCUAUGAAGGACCUGGUGUUCAGUAAAGAGGCUGGCAGGAUCUGCUACACCAUAGUGCAGGCUGAGAACAAGCAGAGUGGGAACAGCAACUUCCGACGUAACAUUCUGAUCCGACUGCAGCAAGAAUUCCUGGUGAAGGAGCAACUCCGAGAGCAUUCCGUGAAUGAAUGGGUCUGUCUGGUUACUUUCAUCUGCAACAUUUUCGACUACCUGAAGGUAAAUAACAUGCCCAUGAUGGCCCUGGUUAACCCUGUGUAUGACUGUCUGAUGCGUCUCGCUCAGUCUGACUCACUGCAGAAUGAAGACGAGGUGGACUGCCUUGUGCUGCAGCUACAUCGUAUUGGGGAACAGCUCCAGAGGAUGAACACCCAGCGGAUGGACGAUCUCUUCUGCCAGUUGCGAGAUGGUUUCCUGCUGCAGCGUCAGCCUUCCUCACUGUCUCGCCUGCUGCUGCUGGAGAUUAUCGAGUUCCGUGCUGGUGGCUGGAAGAUGUCGGAGAAUGCUCAGAAAUAUUACUACAGCGAGGUGGCAGACUGAGAGAGCGAGAGAGAGAGAGAGGCUGUACAUAGGGGAGGACCAGGAGUAAGAUGGAGCCAAGCUUUUUGUGCUAAUUGAAAUCUAGCGAUGAUUUUUAACGGUCACUGAUGUGUGUGAGAUUGACCAGCUGAGGGCACAGAUGAUUCACAUUCCCAAUUGCUCAGCCAGGAACACUUUUUGAUAGGACGGACCUCUGAGAAUGUGGGAGCUGGUCGUUGGGCAGGACGUGGAGUAGGUGGUUUGAUGCCAGUCUGACCCAUCUAUGCUGAUGCCCAAAGAAAACUUUUUAUAAAUUUUAAUACUUGAGGCUUGUGGCCUCCCUCCUUUAGUGGUGACUGUGGGCACACAGGUUCUGUGGUGUUAUAGUGCCAACAUCAGCAGUGCCUGCUGCAGUACUUACACCAUGAGGUAUAGAAACCUGUGAAAUCCCAGCACUGAAUGAGAGAUCCCCAGUUCCUGAGAGGAUUGGUUGUUGGAGGGGGCAAGUGGGUGCAGUCACGUUGUUCAUGUUUGUAAUAAUGAGCUAGUGGAGCAACACAGUGAAAGUUCUUCAUUCUUGUCCUUCCAAUGACUUUGUAAAUCUUUCUCCAGCUCACCCCCACCUCCCCGCCCUCACCAUUGUGCCCUCAAUCCUUGGUUUGAAUGCGAGAAGCCAACCAUAGCCCCUGACCCAGCAGCUGGUUUCUGCCCAGGAGUGGUAUCUGAGUGGCAUGUGAAUGUUGCAGUGUAGACAACGGGUGUGAUUGGUUGCCUACUACCUAGAAUGACUUGCCAGUGUGGCUGCUGCUACUGAAGUUGCUUCAUUUGUCACAGUUGAUUGGUUUUGAGGAGUUUAGUCACAAUAAAGGGGCCUGUUUGAUUUUGACACCUUGCUAAUUCUUCAUUGAAUUAUCAGGAGAUUAAAGCCCAAUCUGAGGGAAAGGAGACUAUUCCACCUUUCAAGCAUGCCAGCCAUUCCAGUUGAUUCUGGUGGAUUUACACCUUGAGGUCAUCAUCUUACUUUGGUUCCUUAAUCCAAAUGCUAGAAAAAUCUGUCAGUUGCUGCUUUGAAAUGUUUCAGUUGGCAGCUCUUUUGCAAGUUCCAGAUCAGAGACGCUUCUUGACAUCAGCCCUAAGGAGCCUGACACCAGUUGGAGGAAUUAUGCCCCCUGUUCUGGACCUGCCCUCCCCACCAGAGGGAACGGCUCCUCUCUCUCCUAACCCCAUUGAACCUUCAUAAAUAAGUUCUGAGCCUCACCGUGCUCACACAGCUGCUGACCAAAGGAGGCGCCAGUUCUCCACAUUCACAAUGUGUUUCCUCAACACUGUUGUGAGGCUGGGUGGUGAGUGGUGUGGUUGAUAGCAUGGGAUGUUCUGCCUGUCCUGUCUCCCAUUACUUCUGCAAUUCAACACAGUCAGGCCUUAAUGCACCAUACGUGCGCACUUUCUCUCUCUUUCUCCCCCAUCUCGCUGGGACCCUGUCUCUCUUUACCCCAUCUCUCUCUUGUCUCUCCUCUCACCUGUUUCUCUCUCCCGUCUCUCUAUAGUCCUCUGUGCUGCUGUCUCUCUCUUUCUCUCCCUCAUGAAGAAGUUCAUACCUAACUCCCUGCUCUUCCAGUGACUCUGGUUUCUGGGCUGUUCUGGUUCCAGAGUCAGGGCCCUCCCUCUGGUACCUCACUAACCUGGACCACUGAGGAUGAACUACAACAAGACCCUCGUAAAUGUGGCACACUGCAUUCCUGCCCUUGUCCAGAGAGCUAGUACAAUCCCAUCAGAGAGGGUCUGGCACUUUGGUUUAGUCCCCAAACCAACCAUAGCUCCGUGGUGGUGUAGUGCUUAGUUUGAAGUUGGCUAUCACUGCAAAGCCUCAGAAUCAAGGCCAGGCUGUUCCGGAAUGUCUGACAGCUGGACCUGUCCCUUGCUCAGCUGUGCUGCUGUCAAACAGGAUAGAGACACCCAAAUCACCAACAGUAAAGAUCAGCAAUACAUAGCUAGAGGAGAGAGAGGAAGUUCACUGUCAGGCAUGGGCAAUGGCAGAGAGCUGUCAUCUACAUGCAGUGCUGUGGGCUGGUGCUGGCUCUGACAUUGGCAUCUGGAACAACACGGCACAGUGGUGCCUGUGCAUGGUUAACAAUAAACUCAUGUGCCCCACAUGGUUGCAGAUUCCUGUCGAAAUUCCUAUUUUUCAGUUCAUUAGUAGAAACAGCAAGAUCCCACAAACUCCACUCAGGCAGUUAAUCUGCUUAAGUGAUGUCACUUAGGAUAAAUAUUGGAGCUAACAUGAGAGACAGUUCCUAACCUCUUGUUCAAUAUGGUGCAGUGGCAUCAGUAUUGACCCUCUGACAAUAUGGUGCUCCCUUGGUGCUGACCCUCUAUCUCCAUCAGACACUCCCAGGACAGGUACAGCACACGGUUAGAUGCAGAGUAAAGCUCCUUGUAUGCUGUCAUCAUGAAACACUCCCAAGACAGGGGCCGCAUGGGUUUGAUACAGAGUGAAGCUCUCUCUCUACUUUUAUAAAGAUAAAGUAAAGCUGUUUCUACACAGUCACAUCAAACUCCGAGGACAGGUACAACAUGGGUUAUCUGCACAGUGAAGCUGCCUCUACUCUAUUAAAAUGAAAUUAAAGCUCUCUCUACUUCAUUAAAUCAAAAGUAAAGCUUGACAUUGUUCCUAUUCCCAGGACAGAUACAGCAGAGCUGGAUAUGGAAUGAAGUUACCUUUACAUUGUUGUAUAAAACAGGCAGAGUAUUACAUUUAAUUUAGUCGCCAUUGUUAUUCACAGUAAUUUAUUAAACAUCCAGCUUCCUGUUUCAAGCGUU